GUUGCAUUUAAGAAUUGAAAGAGGAAAGUCAGCGAAAGAAAAUGGGUGAUCACGAGAAAAAGGCGCAAGAUUUAAUGGCGCAAGCCGAAAAGAAGACGAAAUCUGGAGGUAUUUUCGGGAUGUUUGGGGGUUCUUCCAAGUCCGAAGAAGCUGCUGAAUUAUAUGAUAGAGCUGCAAACUCGUUUAAAAUGGCUAAAAACUGGAAUGGAGCGGGAAAAGCCUUCUCUCAAUCGGCUCAGAUUUACUUAAAAUUGAAUAGUAAACACGAAGCAGCAUCCCACUACGUCGAUGCUGGAAACGCUUACAAAAAGUGUGACGUUAAUGAGGCAGUUUCUUGUAUAACGAAAGCCAUUGAAAUAUACACUGAUAUGGGUAAAUUUACUAUCGCGGCUAAACAUCACAUAACCAUCGCUGAAAUCUUUGAAAAUGAUAUGAUUGAUAUUGAAAAAGCAAUUACUCAUUAUGAACAAGCUGCAGACUAUUACAAAGGAGAAGAAUCAAACAGUUCGGCCAACAAAUGCUUAUUAAAGGUUGCGCAAUAUGCCGCUCAAAUGGAACAAUACGAAAAGGCAAUUGACAUUUACGAAACAAUAGGAAAGAAAAGUCUAAACACAAAAUUAACGUCAUACGGAGCACCAGAAUAUUUCUUUCGAGCGUUACUGAUUAGGCUAAUACAAGAUCAUAUUGAUACUGAAAUAGCUAUGGAAAAGUAUCAGAAGAUCUAUCUGAUACUUUCCAGUACAAAAGAGUUUAAAUUUAUAAAGAUUGCUCAAGCUGUGUUAGGAAAUCAGCUUCUAAAAUACAGCGCAGCAGAUCAUUUAUUCAAAGCAGCUCUAUGUAGAUUAGCCAUGGAUAAAGAUGUUACCGAUGCAAAUACUGCUCUUGAAAAGUACGAAAAGAUGAUGCCAUCAUUCGCUGACAAAAGGGAAGCUAAACUUUUGAAGAAACUGAUUGAAGCUAUUGAAGAUAGCAAUCCCGAUAAUUUUGCGGAUGCUGUUAAGGAAUACGAUAGUAUUUCUCGUCUGGAUCAAUGGUAUACUGCAAUUUUGUUGAAGAUUAAGAAAGGAAUCGAAGGAGACGCCGACUUAAGAUAA